AUCACAAGAAAAAUAACAACGCGCCAAAUUUGUGCUAAAUUCACUUUAGUUACUUCCUCAGACCUAAACGCAUAAAAAAGUUUGUCUAAUCUUCGCGAAAACAUUUGUGGAGACGCUGCUGGCUGAGGAAGGCUCUGCAGGUGAGCAUGGCUGUGCCUUUUGUACAAGACUGGGACCUUGUUCAGACACUGGGAGAGGGAGCCUAUGGAGAGGUCCGGCUGCUGGUGAACAGACAGACAGAGGAGGCGGUAGCGGUAAAAGUGAUCGAUACCUCUCAGGCUAAAGAGUGCGCUGAAAAUGUUAAGAAGGAGGUCUGCGUCCAUAAGAUGCUCAACCACCCCAACAUCGUUCGUUUUUUUGGCCACCGGAAAGAAGGAGCCACGAUGUACCUCUUCCUGGAGUACUGCACUGGAGGAGAGCUGUUCGACCGAAUCGAGCCUGAUGUGGGGAUGGCGGAGAAAGAUGCUCAUAGAUUUUUCCAGCAGCUAAUAUCAGCUGUGGUAUACCUCCACAGUAAUGGCUUCACCCACAGAGACAUAAAGCCAGAGAACAUUUUGCUGGAUGACAAAGACAACCUGAAGCUGACAGAUUUUGGCCUGGCCACGAUGUUUCGCUUCAAAGGCCGAGAGCGUCUUCUAAAUCGACUCUGUGGGACUCUUCCUUACGUGGCUCCGGAGCUCCUCAGCCAAACUGAGUACAAAGCUCAGCCUGCAGAUAUCUGGGCUUGUGGGAUUGUCCUCACUGCCAUGCUGGCUGGAGAGUUGCCGUGGGACCAGCCCACUGAGAGCUGCCAGGAGUAUUCAGACUGGCUUCAAAAGAAAACAUACCUACCUCCUUGGAAGAAAAUACAACCAAUGCCUCUCAGUUUGUUAUCCAAGUUACUGCUGGCCAGUCCAGAUGCACGCAUCACUAUCGCAGAUAUUCAGAAAGACCGCUGGUUCAUUCAAGGUGUGAAGCAACCACCUCUGGGCUCGGGAGGAAACAAGCAUUUUCGAUCAGACGUGGGACUCAAAUCCCGGACCAACAGCGAUGACAGGAUGCAGUUUUCCAGCUCUCAGCCCGAUUUUGCGGCAGGUGGCUGCUGGGAAGCUAUGUUGAUAAUCGGCCAAAGCGACGGCCAAGUCAGCUUCUCUCAGCCGACCAAGCCGGAGCACAUGCUGCUGGGUAGUCAGCUGCUGGGCACACCGGGAGCCAGUCAGUCGCCGUGGCAGAGAUUAGUGCGGAGAAUGACACGUUUCUUCACCACCGUGAAUGCAGACAGCUCCUUAUCUGCCUUGAAAGACGCCUGUGAUGGCCUGUCACUUGGCUUCAAACUCACCUGCACUAAACAGGUGACGGUGAGCACACUGGACAAGCGCAAUAACAAACUCAUCUUCAAGGUCCACUUGCUGGAGAUGAAUCAGAGAGUGCUGCUGGACUUCCGACUGUCUAAGGGUGACGGUCUUGAGUUUAAGCGUCUGUUUGUGAAGAUUAAACAGAAGCUCGGAGACAUCAUCACCACGCAGAAGAUUUUACCCCCCAUCAGUUAAGCAGCGCAUAAAAAACAAAUGCAUGCUCCUAUAAACAUCGGAAGGAGAAUCUGUGUAUACUUAGCUGUUCUACUUAUAUUUUAAAUGUAUUCUGCUGUUCUCUUCGUGUGUGUGUUUGUGUUGUUUUCUGUUACUUCUAUCCUUGUGAGAACCAGUGUUGGAUAAAAAACAUGGUUAAAUCCUCUCUUCAAGAAGUUUGUUAUUAUGUUUAGUGUUAGAAAGAGUUUUUCAAAGGUAGAUACACGAGGAAAGUCUGUGUAUAUAUUUGUUCUGAUUAUGUUUUACAUGAUACAGUCCAAAGUCUUCAAUAAAUUAUUAAAAUACUAACAUUGUAGACUUGUUCUGUGAUAAACACUGCAGUGAGUGAGUGAGUGCUGAAUAUGAAAUAUUCACAUGAAAUCACAUUUCAGUUACUUAAGGAUACAGCAGGUGCUUUUAAAGCCCUUAAACAAAACAAUUUCUCUUUAACAACAAUAAAAAAAAAUACUCCUGUACAAGUCAAUGUCUGUACUGUAAUGAGUAUGUAAACGGUCUAAUUGUAUUGUUGCCACAGAGCAUUUACACAAUCCAUAACUUAGAGCCUGACAGAUAUAUCAGUUGACAUAUUCUCAGCCAUCAGUCUAUCAGAGGCGUAUCCGAUAUGUGUCGUUAUGAAAUGUUUUUUUUACACGAUAUAUAAUGCAGAAUAUGCUGCUUGGUGUCAUUUUUUUCUUUUUUUUAAAAAGUCAGCAAUUGACAAACUGAAAUGUAAUUGUCUUUAUUUUGCAAUUUUUUUUCCUAUUUAUUCUUUAUUUUCUCAGUUAUCUAUCUAAAAAAGCAAGGUGUGUGUCUGUCUGUCUAGAUCAUAUCUCUCUAACCGUUAGUCAGACUGACCUUAGAUUUCCUAUGUGGCUUGCACAUGGCACGAAGGUGUGCAUCCUCGUUUUUGAAGAUUUUUGAAUUCAUUUUUCAAAAUAUUAUUUACGUAGAAUGUGUUGUGGCAUUUUCCGAUCGGACGCCUUUCAAGGGAGCUCCGCCCCAUUGUGUGAUAGGCCUACACCUGCUCAGUAACACAAUUCUCUCUGGAUUUCCACGCCUGACUCAUCUCAUCUGUAAGUCUAUUUAGCCUACCUAUCUUUAAGAGUUUUAAAGUGCGGUGUGUAAGGUUCGAUUGUCCAAUAAUAUUCGAUUAGUUUCCAGCGAAUAUCAAUGUUCAAUGUGUGUGUGCUGGCUGGUGUGCGUACCUUAUGAAAAGUAAGUGUUUUAUGGAGUAGCAGACGUUGCAGUGGUCUGCAUGUAAUGUGCACAUUCUGUUAUUCACAUCCAUCUGUUUGUGCUGCGUGUAAACUUCUUCACUCCUAUAUCUGUGUCUGUAUGUAUGUCUAACCAUGUUGAAUGAUUACGUUUCUUUUUCUUAAAAUUACUUUCUGUGUCUCUUUAUAUCUCAAUGUACAUCCAUGUAUUAUCCAAUAUACACUUUGUAUAUUAACACUACGCAAGAGUAUUACACCUCAUUGUACAUCCCAUUUUCACACACAACCUCAUUUGGCCAAAUUGGAAAAAUCUACUCAAUCUCCCACUAUACCAAUACAUACUUCCUACGGGCACUGCACUAGUUUCUAGAAUUGACAAUUUUUAUUAAAAACUCAAAAAAUUACAAUAAUAGGCACCAUAUAGGUUAUUGUUUAAUUUUGCCCCUCCAGAAUCAGUAUUGGUAUUAGUCUCAAUAAUCGCAUAUCGGUCGGCUCAAAAAAAAAAUCUAAUUGUGAUUAUUUUGACUGAUAUUGCAAUUUGAGUUGACUCAAGAUGUUGGAGUUAAUGACUGUUUUUGUAUCAUUAUACCCUUUUUCUUUCCUUUUUU